AUGGAUCGUGGCAUCAGCCUGGAGAACCCCUACGCCAGUGUCAACAUCCCACGGGACCAGUUCCAGCAAAGCUUCAUCACUUGCUACCUGAAGGAUGAGCCCACCGUCAUCGCCAACCCUGCAGCCGUGCCCACCUAUGGCACAGAGGAGCAGGCGGAACACGGUGCCAGCUGGAACAGCCCAACUGUUUCCACGGGGAAGUCCUGGUCCCGUCCCUACAACCCCUAUGCCAGCCUGAGGAUGCCCAACGGGGAAUCACCCAACGGGGAAUCGCCCAACUCCUUCUACACUGUCACCCUGGACAAGACCCCCAAGGGCCAGGAGCAGAAGGCCGAUGGGGGAUGCGGCUACUGCAGGUGCUGCCCCUGCUGCAGAAAGUGCUGCUGUGUCAUCUCCUGA